AGAAUAUAAUAGAAUAGUAGAGGGUGUAUAAGAAGAAGAAGAUAAUAAAAACACUGUUGCAGUGUUCUCAGAGGCAGAGACCACCAUGUCUUGCUUGUGUUCCUGCUUCUACACCACCACCACCACCCCCAGAAAUAUGGCUAUUAUUAUUGCUUCUCUUCCUGACAACGCCAAAUCCAAUCACUCUCCGCCACCUGUCCAAACCCAUCAUUCCCUCAAACCCACCACCACAAUUCUUCCAAGCAAGACCAUGGAGAAGAAGAAGAAGCCACAGAAGCCGAGGCAACCCUCUGUUAUAGAGAUUGAACGAGCAACCGGCGCCGGAAGGUUCCGCGACACCGACUCCAGGGAAUUGGAAGAGCUAAAGGAUGCCAAAUUCGACAUGUCGCUGAUGAACUUUCCUGGGAAAUUUGAAGGGCCAUUGGAGAAGAAGCUUCGUGAGACAGGAGAGUUUAUGGCCAAUCAAAGCGAGAGAGGGUUUCGUUCUUCCAGCAAAAAAAUUCUGAUUUUCGCGUUCAAGUGGAUGCUUCCAGUGUGGACUCUGUUAGUUCUGGUUGCCUCUGGAGCCAUCAAGCUACCAUUCAGUUCCCCAUUUCUGGAUCAACUAAUUAUGUGAACUUAGUGACAAUUUCAGAUUAUACUACUAAACAUCUAUUCAAGGCCAUUCAGGCUUUUUGCAGAAUGUUAUCCAUUGGAAUUUCCAAUGCAGAAAAUUCACUGAUCCUGAUGCUUUGUCACACUGAUCUGCAUUACCAGUUUUCCUAGUCUUACCCAGUGUACAGGAUGAUAUAAUAUUAUUACGUAACUCUCAAUUUGGUUCUUUUGGCAUAUUUAUUGGUUGCCAUAUCGUCCUUGUUCUACCUUCAUGCUUUGGAGAUUUAAAAGAGAUAUUUCUGUAACUUUUCAAUUAUAAUGCAUGUGGAUUGGGUUAAUGAUGAA